UUUGUUUACAGGGAAGCAACUUCCCAUGUGUUUCCUGGAUUUAGCCAGAGACAGUUGAGAAGGAGUAUCUUGAUUUAACUACAUAAAAAUUAUAACAAGUAUUAUAAGGAAACACAGCACAUAUCCCGACUGUGCAGGACACUGCGACGGACCGUCACUCAGCGGACACAGGAUAUAAAUUAACUCACCUGUGAGCGGCGUGCUGUUUUCCUCGCUGUGUAUGUUUCGCAGCCCAGUGGCAUCUUGAAUGUUUGUAGGCUGCAUGGUUGUUUUAAUUGGGACCGGCGAGCUGCUGUUUCUCUAUUUGAAGAACUUCGGCCCGUGGACGCGAAUAUUUCGCCAUGAACUGCAACCUUACUGCGGUUGGUAGAGCCUGACAUCGCCUCCUCGGUGUUAGCUAACGAUGCCCCUCGCCCCCGCAAACCAAGCCCAGUUGAUUCGGUCCAGCCAAAAGGAUGAAUAUUAUCAAACCUUCCUGAGAAACAACGCCAACGAAGCCUUUCAAACACUUGCUGGAUCCAAAAGAUGGCUGGACUGGAGGAAAGAGAUAGAGCUGCUCUCAGACCUUGUAUACUAUGGUUUAACAACGUUCUCAGCUUACCAAACUCUGGGUGAAGAGUACGUCAGCAUUAUCCAGGUGGAUCCCACUAAACAUAAGAUCCCCUCCCGAGCAAGACGCAGCUUCUUUGUCCUCUGCCACGCCCUCUUGCCCUACCUCCUGGACAAGGUCCUGGUGUGCCUGGAGAAUGAGCUGGAACGUGGGCAGGAGAGCGGCAGUGGUGUCAGGCGGCGGCAGGCGGCGGCAGGUCCCUGGAGCCUGGAGUCUUGGCUGAGGAGAUGGAUGCAGAGGGCGGUGGGACUGUUGUCAGAGCCCCAGAGGAGAGCGUGCCUGCCAGCUGUGUUUGUCCUCCAGCAGGGUCUGACCUUCCUGCACCGACUCCACGUGGCUCUCUUCUACAUCAGUGGCUCUUUCUAUCACGUGUCCAAGAGGAUGGCUGGUAUCACCUAUCUGCGUGUGAUGGGGCUCAACAGCAAUGAUAGGACCAUCAGGAGCAGCUACAGGCUGCUGGGGGCCCUGUCCCUGCUUCAGCUGGUCAUCACUGUGUGUCUCCAGCUCAACAACUUCAGACAGAGACAAAGAGCCAGGCAGGAGUGGAAGCUGUACAGGAACCUCAGGUACAGUCCUCAGCGCACACAGAGCUCGAGCCCCAAAGCUGCUCGCUGUAUCCUCUGUCUGGAGGAGAGGAGACACUCUACCUCCACCCCCUGUGGACACCUCUUCUGCUGGGAGUGCAUCACAGAGUGGUGCAACACGAAGGCUGAGUGCCCCCUGUGUCGGGAGAAGUUCCAGCCUCACAGACUGGUGUACCUGAGGAACUACAGCUAGAUCUACAGAGCUGGAUACUAAACACAUACAAACACAUACUGCUGGAGGACUGUACUGCUUUGUAACACCUGUGCUGGCAGGCUGCCCCUCAGGAACAUGUGAAAACAAACACAGUGUUUACUUGAGACGACGUCUUGUAGCUUCUUCAGCUUCAUGUUUCUUUUUGUUAAUUGAUUAGAUAAACGUUGAUUGAGAAUUUAAUUUCGGCUUGUAUCAGUCGAAUUGUGUAAAUAUCACUAAUAUUUUUAUUUAAAACUUGAACAGAUGUUAAUAAAAUGCAGGGAUGUAUUAA